GUCACGUGACAGAGGACCCACUGUGUCACGUGGUCGUUCGCCUGUCAUGGCUGAUGUGGAUAGUGCCAAACCCUUAAGCGGGUUGUUUAAUGGCAUCGCUCAGAGCCGGUACUAUGGAAACAAGGAGAUCACCGAUGAGCUGUUAAAACGGGAGCUGUAUCCGGAGUUACCCCAGAAUGAGUUCGUGGCUCUGCUGGAGAAGAUGACCGGUAUCGUGAAGUCAAUAGUGUCUGCGGAUAUGGAUUUAAAUCAAACAGAAGCGUUCCUAACGGCACAGACCAAGAAACAGGGAGGAAUCACUGUGGAACAAGCUGCAGUCAUUGCUAAAUUUUGGAAGAAUCACAAAAAGAAAAUUAGAGAAAGUAUGAUCAAUCAAACAAGGUGGGAAAACACGCUCAAGGGGAUGAAGUGGAGAAUAGAUUUGAAAUCACAGUCCAGACACACGGACCAAGUAAACAUGUCUGUUGCCUUAGUGGAGAUGGAGAUUGGAAAGAAUGACAAGACAUCAGAAUUUUUAUGUUUGGAAUUCAAUGAAACAAAGAUAAGCCAAGUGCUGAAGAGGCUCUCAGAAGUGGAAGAAAGCAUAACGACAUUAACCCAGACCAGCUAAACAGGAAGACAAGACUAUUGAGGAAUAAAGUGGUUUUUUUUUAUGUGUGAAAGCACUCUUUUAAAAUGGGUGCACGCUAUGAAAUAUGAUUUGUUUAAAUGCAAAUUAUGUACUCAAAAUACAUCCCUGUUAAUGAUUUAGGCCUUCAAAUUUGGAAGAGAGUUGGCAACUAUGUAACUAGACAGUGGCCGGGGGUAAUAAAACAGUUACCUAACAAUACCCGGAAAUGAUGACAAGCCACCAGCCUUCUUCUGAAAUAUUCCUUCAUUGGGGGCAUUGUUGACAUUGAGCAGGUUUCAAUGCUCUUCUGGGCUAUUAAAGGGUCAAUGGCUCUGUAUGUUAAACCAGAUUAUGUUUAAUAGUGUUUCCCACAAUAUUUCUACUUACACAUUAGAAAGAUCAAUUCUGUCAUGACUUCAAAAUAUAGAUGUAAAUAAACCCCACUUUGUGUUGACAA